ACAGUAAAACCUAUUCAAUAUCAUAACUUGACUUAUCGAAAUGCAUUGAGUUGAAGGCCGCAUUCGAGAAUCAACCAAAUCAAAUCUUUCGCCACGUGGUAGACGAUCGAAAAGGCAACUUUACGGGAGCCGCUGCCUCACUUCACUUUACUAUCGCCAACUGCAACAAACCAGUGCACAUUCAUUCAUGCUUCUCCGUGCGCUUCUCGGCGCCUUGUGCGUCAGUGUAUCAUGGCGCAGCGUCAACGCUCUCAAGACCAUCACAACCUCCACUGAGCUUGCAGCAGUCGAGCGCUCGGCCAAAGUGCACGCGCUGCUGAUUCUCGGCACAGAGGAGACGGAGGAACGCAGCCUCGAGGAGCUGGCCACCACGGCGUAUCCGUCGCUGCCGGAUCUCGAGAAGCAGCUCGAAGGGCUCGUAACCUUUGGCGUCGUGGACAUUUCGCCGCACCACAAGGACUCGAUCGGGAACAAGUGGCAGCUGGCCAAGGCGCCAGCGCUGGUUAUUUACAAAGAUGCACCUAAGGAGAACCCAUACACUGGCAAAAUAUAUCGCGACUCGAAGGCCACAGAUGCGGCGAUCUUGGACAGCCCGCGGAAGCUCAAGAAGAUGCUGAAGCAGGCGAUCCCAAACGAAUAUGUACAGGAGCUUGAAGGAGACAAAGCCACUUUGAAGAGCUUUGAGCAGCUUGUGAAUGAGAAGGUUAACGAAGAGGAGACGGUCGCGCUGCUGAUUUCCAAGCAGAAGCACACGUCACCGAUGUAUCGAGCCUUGGCGGCGGAGUUUAAUGGCCAAGGAUUGAGUUUUGUGUUCUUGAAUAGGGAUGAACAAAGAGCGGAAGAAAUUAUGAACGCGUUAAAGAUCGAAGAACUGCCCGGUAUGGUGGUGUUGAGGUCCAUGACGGAGCAUGUGGUGUUAAAGGCGGAGAACACCAAGACGUACGGUGAAUUGAAGGGCUUUGUGGAGCCUUUUGCGACCGAAAAGGAACGUACAGCGACAAGUGGAGUUAAGAAAGGAAAGGAAGCCUCGAAGUUUAUCAGAUUCUUCUCAGGAAAGGAUUUCGACGACCUCGUGCUCCACUCGAACGUGGUUUGGAUCAUAGAGUUUAUGAAUGCCGAGCGCGAACAGGCUUUAACAGAGGAAGAGUGGAAGAAAUCACUGACGGAAUUGCACCGUAAAGCAGGGGUGGUGGCGAUGGGUGCAGUAAGCUGUGAGAAGGAAGCAGAACUCUGUGAACGUCAUGGCGGACCUGGUGUUCGCGUCUUCCCGCUGGCUUUAACGGAGGACAACAAGCUGAAACGCGGCGAUGUUCAAACGCAAACGUUUACAACGAUAGAUGAGGCUAAGGAGUCGGCUAUCGCAGCCAUCCCGGAUCUGACUGUGGAAAUUAAGUCAACUGCUGAUCUGAAUGGAUUCAUUUCCCACGCUAGAGAAAACCGCGCGCUCCCUAUUUUACUGUUUACGACCAAGAAGAGCACCCCGCCAAUGAUAAAGGCUCUCGUACUGUCAGUUCCUACCCAGAAGGUUAGACUAGCAGUGAUUCAUGACGCUGAUGAGGAUCUGAAGAAGCAGUUUUUGGUCAAACCAUCCGCUAGCACGUCGCUGGUAUGUCUCGUGCCUACUAAAACGGAUUCGGAGGACCCAACUGCUGCCCCAUUCGGCGUCGUAGCCUACGAGAAAAAGAAAAUGGGUGCGUACAACUACCCGAAUAUCAUGCAGUUUAUUCUGCAGGUUCUUGCUCAGUACCCGCAUCCUCAAGAUGCUAAGCCGGAAAGCGAGGAGAUCAACUUUUCAUCACUCGACGAGAAGGCUGCCCGAUCGCUUGUGCCGUACUUGACCAAGAAGAACAUGGAUGAUCUCUGUGGCGGCAACAAAAUUUGUGCAAUCGGAUUCUUUGAGGAUCAUUUGGACACGCUGAGCGACCCGGAGUCUCGCCUUGCCAAGUGGUGGACAACUUUUGCGCACGUGGCAGCCCAGAGCAAGCAGAACAAGGAGCCCUUCCGCUUUAUGUGGGUCAAUGGAAAGUGUCAGAAGGACUUCGCCGAAGCCUUCGGCGUUGGCCUCUUCCAAAUGCCAACACUUGCUGUGUACUCUCCUUCGAAGCAGCGAUACGCAACAAACGUGGGGCUUUUCGAUGAAGAAAAUGCGGCUGCGUUCUUGAGGAGUGUGCUGUCCGGUAGUAUCGGAACUGCACCAAUUGGAAACGUUCCUGAACUGGGUGAGGAAUGCUCGUUUGAUGAGAUUCAAGAAGUUGCACUAGGAGCUGAUGGCGUCACUGAGGACGACGAAGAUUUGGACGAUAUGUUGAGCGAGAUUCUCUCUGACGAGAAACAGCAGCGUGACGAGCUGGAGAAGGAACUUAAGUCCGAGGAGAAGCAGUCGAAGAAGAGCAAGAAGAAACACAAGUCUAAGAAGAAGAAAUCCAAGAAGAAAAAGGCACGUGACGAGCUGUAAUGUGACGGGUGCAUCCACUAGAACUUGCAGCAAUACUGCAGCCAUUCAAACAAUAACCAAAUCAUUAGAAUUAACUUGAAGCUGACUUGGGUGACAUAGUUGUGGUCUACGUUUACAACCCAUGUUGCAGCGUUUGGUGACGC